UUUAAGAUCUAUUCACAACACAAUUUCUUAUUUAACUGGCGUCCAGUUUUGCUUUUCUUGAUGGCUUUAAAUAUUGGGGAAAGUUUUGAAGGGAAGUUUGGGGAAAAUAAUUUUAAAAUUAAAAGGGGGAUUUGGACUCCAAAAAUUAAAAAUUUAAAAAAUAAAAGGGAAGUGGAAAAAGAAUUUAAUGAAGAUUUUAAUUUUAUUAAGCAAAAAAUUGAAGAGUUGGAAUUAACUAAUGAACAGAUCUCUUUAAUGGCUAUUUUGUUACUUUUAAAAAUUGAGGUAAUUACUUGA